AUGCCGAAGAAGCUUGGCACUUGUCCCAAAGCUCUUGAGGCACGUGAAAGGCGAGCCGAAAAGAAAAAAGAAGAAAAGGAGAAGAAAGAGCGUGAGCUUGAAGAGGCUUAUUGGAAGGAUGAAGACAAACACGUAAAUAAAAAGCUUCAGCGGAAGGAUGAACGCGACGAAAAACGUCAGGAACAAUUAGAUAAGAAGAAAGAGAAAGAGCGUUUGUAUGCUCAAGAACUAGCUGAAAUAAAGGCUGCCAAAGGCGCUAACGUUAAGUCAUGUCAUACUAAGCUAACGCAGGCCCAAAUCGCUUCAGCUCGAGAGGCUCUUGCUGAGCAGCUGGCGGCCUUAAACAAAAAGCAGACGAAAAAGGAAACAGAAGAAAUACAACCCAAUGUUAACCGAAUGGAGGUGGAAGGUCUGGAAGCGCGUAAUGUGGAGGAAGCCAUUGCUCAACCGCUCGUGUCCGCCGUCUCACCAAAUGCUCGUCGAAAUGUCGUUAAAAUCGCUUCUCGUUCUGUUCCACCACCACCUACGGGAGAAACCUACGAAAAGCGGCGUGAAUUGCAACGGAAGGAACUGCAACAAAAAGAAGAAGAAAUGCGCCAGCUAUUUGUGCAACGGGUAAAAGAGAAAGAGCAAGUGCUUAAAGAAGCUGAGCGCGAGGUAAGUGUUGUUCUGUUUGUCAGUCCAAUAGUUCGUGUGUGCCUUUUCGUUUCAUGGUACCUUUGGAUCAUCGUGGGUGAUUCGUGCCCGACAGGUUUGGUAGCACUAAAGAGUAGAUGA